AUGGAUCCUGUCCCAUCAUUUCUUGCUACAGGCCCGUUUGACACUGCCGCCAACAACGGUGCAUCUUCUUCUUUUUCUGUUCGCAACGAAUCAGGAUCGAGAUCCUCCAAUAUUUUCACAGUGACCACAAUUGUGUUGGGCAUCAAUUGGGACUCCCAAUGCGAUCGGCCUUUGUGGACAUUUUUACUGAUGUUAGACAUCAUCACUUUUAUGAAGAUCCCGUUUUUGCUUCUCGAAGCGAUCUGGAUGUUUCCUUUGGGCGUUAAUUUUUAUGCCACCUCUCGAGGACAAUUUAUCACAUCCUCAAGGGACAUCCUUGCCACUUGCCAACUUUUAAUGCUAUUCUUUGGCUCUGUUUGGGUCCUCUCCGCUAAGACAUGCUCCACCACCGCGCCAUCUCUGUAUAUCACCUCAAUUGCGUGGAUUAUUUAUGCAUCCUUUUUGCUCUUCUUUCCUCUUUUUCUAUGUUUUUUGGUUCUAUUCUGCCUUCCGGUGGCCAUUCUUAUCAUAAGAAGUCGAAAUGGAUUUGCCGCAGAUCCCUUUGGGUCGACCUCUGGUGCGAGAGGCCUCUCUCCGGAAAGGAUUUCUUCCAUCCCCACUGAGGUUUAUCACAAGAGUUCUUCUAUAGACUCGCCCACUAGUUCGGAUAUUUGCAUUCGAACUUCAGGGUCUCUUUUGCUAAGUGGAAGACAAAGGAAUAAUUCAAGCGGCGAUGUUUGCGCCAUUUGCCUGUCACCCUAUGAUAACAAUAACAUUCUUCGAUGUCUUCCUUGCCAACAUCGGUUCCACAUCGAGUGCAUAGACUCAUGGCUUUCUGUUUCUGCAACGUGCCCUCUUUGUGUCAGACGGAUUGGAGAUGAUGAGGCUACCACUCCUACCAUUGAAGUUGGAGAUUCAGCGAUCCCUUCAGAGGGCCAAAGAGUUCCUUCCAAUGCUAAUAUGUCUCCAUCAGAAAUGAUGGUUCCGUUCGCCUCAAUUGUGUAA